CUCCGGUGCCGGAGUCUUUUUUCUAGAAACCCUCCUCUCAUUUCCCGGCACGAUCCUGCACUUUAUUGAUAAGAAAUGCUGCGUUGAUGAUCUCGCCAUGCCAUUGCCACAAGAGACUUGCUCCAAGUUCAUUUAUGCCAAGUAAUGCCGAAUCUGCCUGCUGGUAGUGAAGUCCAAAACUAAACUAGCCAGAAGUCACCAUCAAAAGCUACAAAAUGUGCUCAUCCUUGGUUCUUCUCUCUGUUUUUAUCGGAAAAGUCUUGACAGGGCGGCGAAAGAAAAUGCGAAAAUUCAGUAGCCGCCUAAGAUUUUCCAAGUCAGAAAUCAAUGACUAUUUGUCGCCGUCAAUCAGAUGGCCCUAUGUUUGUUCUACUGAAGUCUUGGAUCCGACUGUCAUAUAUAUCCUAUUGUCAUUUGAGAAAACCAUGGGUUUGGGCUAGACAUGGGGAGUUUUGCUGGUUUAGUUUCAAUUGCAAUAUUGGUUUUCUUUGUUGUAUGUUCAUAUGGAAGCAUUAGUGCGAGUGGAUACAGAAAGUACAACACUGGUGGUGGCAUUGUUGAAGGCAAAUUGAAUGUGCAUUUGGUUCCUCACUCCCAUGAUGAUGUGGGUUGGUUGAAGACAGUCGAUCAGUACUACAUUGGAUCAAAUAACAGCAUUCAGGGUGCAUGUGUUGAGAAUGUGCUGGACUCGGUUGUAACAUCGCUGCGCCGCAAUCGCAAUCGGAAGUUUAUAUUUGCUGAGAUGGCAUUUUUUCACCGAUGGUGGGUAGAGCAAAGCCCAGAGGUUCACCAAGAAGUAAAAGAGCUAGUAGCUUCUGGCCAGUUAGAAUUCGUAAAUGGUGGCUGGUGUAUGCACGACGAGGCAACGUGCCAUUACAUAGAUAUGAUUGACCAAACAACUUUAGGACAUCAGCUAAUAAAGAGUCAGUUCAAUACAACACCGCGUGCUGGGUGGCAGAUUGAUCCAUUUGGGCAUUCUGCAGUGCAAGCUUAUCUUCUUGCAGCUGAGGUUGGCUUUGAUUCAGUGCAUUUUGCACGUAUUGAUUAUCAAGACAGAGAAAAACGUAAGAGUGAAAAAUCCCUUGAGGUUAUAUGGCUUGGGUCGAAAACUUUUGGCUCUUCAUCUCAGAUAUUUGCUAAUGCAUUUCCUGUUCACUAUAGUCCACCAGAUGGUUUCGAUUUUGAGGUGGAUGUUGACUUUGUUCCUGUCCAGGACAAUCCUCUUCUCUUUGACUUCAAUGUUGAGGAGCGUGUUAAUGAUUUUAUCAAUGCUGCUCUGAUGCAAGCAAAUGUAACACGUGCAAACCAUAUCAUGUGGACAAUGGGGGAUGACUUCCAAUACCAGUAUGCUGAAUCAUGGUUCAGGCAGAUGGAUAAAUUAAUUCACUAUGUCAACAAGGAUGGUCGAGUGAAUGCUCUAUACUCUACUCCAUCAAUUUAUGUUGAUGCAAAGCAUGCAACAAAUGAGUCCUGGCCCCUGAAAACAGAUGAUUAUUUUCCAUAUGCAGACAGUGCAAAGGCUUAUUGGACUGGUUUCUUUACUAGCCGCCCAGCUUUCAAGCGAUAUGUUCGUAUGCUGAGUGGAUACUAUUUGGCAGCCCGCCAAUUGGAAUGCUGGACUGGAAGGAAAUCCACUGGUCCUAACACUUACAGUCUUGCAGAUGCUCUAGGAAUUGUGCAACACCAUGAUGCUGUCACUGGUACUGCAAAACAGCACACAACCAAUGACUAUGCAAAACGACUGGCAAUUGGAGCUUUGGAGUCAGAAACAGUAGUGAAUUCAGCUUUAUCAUGCCUGGUAAAUUCAAAAUCAAUUGGUCAAUGCAAUGGAUCACCAUCAUCAUUUAACCAGUGUCAAUUACUCAAUAUAAGUUAUUGCCCACCAACAGAGGAAGACAUAACAGAAGGGAAAAGUUUGGUUGUUGUGGCAUAUAAUUCACUUGGAUGGAACCGCAGUGAUGUCAUCAGGAUUCCGGUCAAUGACGCAAAUCUUAUUGUACAAGAUUCCAUGGGAAAUGUUGUAGAAGCACAAUACAUAGAGUUGGAUAACGUUACUAGCAACUUGAGAGAAUUUUACGUCAAGGCAUAUCUUGGAAAAUCACCAAAACAUGCUCCGAAGUAUUGGCUUUUGUUCCAAGUAUCCGUGCCACCUCUAGGGUGGAACUCCUACUUUAUUUCUAAAGCAUCUCAGAAAGGGAAUCACAGUAGUGGCUAUAUUUCGGUGAUGAGCCUUCCACAGAAUGGAACUGUUGAAAUUGGAUCAGAAAAUCUGAAACUGUCCUUUUCAUCAGAAUCUGGACAACUCAAACGCUUUUUUAAUUCAAGAACAGGGGUGGAUAUAACAGUACACCAAAACUAUCUUUGGUAUGUUGCAAGUGCAGGAGACACAAAUUCAAAGGCUUCAGGUGCAUAUAUAUUUCGUCCUGAUAAAGCAACUCCAAAUAUUGUUUCAAGAUCGGUUCAGGUAAAGAUCAUACGCGGACCCCUGGUUGAUGAAGUUCAUCAGCAAUUCAGCUCAUGGAUAUAUCAGGUCAUUAGAGUUUACCGAGAUAAAGAGCAUGCUGAAGUUGAAUUCACUAUUGGCCCAAUUCCCACAGAAGACAAAAUUGGUAAAGAGAUCAUCACAAAAAUGACAUCUAAUAUGGCCACCAACAAAGUGUUCUACACUGAUUCUAAUGGAAGGGACUUUCUUAAAAGGGUUAGAAAUUAUAGAUCUGACUGGCCACUCCAUGUUACUGAACCUGUCGCAGGAAACUACUACCCGAUCAGUCUUGGAAUUUACACAGUGGAUAAUAAAUCAGAAUUCUCUGUUUUGGUUGACCGUGCCACUGGUGGAGCCAGCAUACAGGAUGGGGAAAUAGAACUAAUGCUCCAUAGGCGAAUGAUCCACGAUGAUUCUAGAGGAGUGGUUGGAAAUCUUAAUGAGACAGUAUGCGUUGGGGACACAUGCGAGGGACUUACUAUUCGAGGGAACUACUAUGUGAGUGUCAACCAACUAGGUGCUGGAUCUCAUUGGCGCAGAACAACUGGCCAAGAAAUUUAUUCACCGCUCCUGUUGGCCUUUGGACAUGAGAAUCCAGAAGAAUGGAAGGCAUCUCAUUUGACUAAGGCGACCAUGAUGGAUCCAAACUACAGUUUACCUCUUAAUGUUGCAUUAAUUACUCUGCAGGAGUUGGUUGAUGGAGGUGUGCUACUCCGUUUCGCACAUCUAUACGAGGCUGGCGAAGAUGCUGAUUAUUCAUCGUUAGCGAAAGUUGAACUCAAGAAGAUGUUCCCUGGGAAAACAAUAAAAUCACUCAAGGAGAUGAGCUUAUCUGCUAAUCAACAAAAAUCUGAGAUGAAGAGGAGGAGUUGGAAGGCUGAGGGUGAGAAUGGCAGUGAGCCUACUCCAAUUAGAGGCAGUCCUGUUGAUAUGUCAAGUUUAGUAGUGGAGCUGGGACCCAUGGAGAUACGCACUUUUGUGUUAUGCUUCUAAAAAAUAAAUAAAAAUUAUCGCAAAUGUGAUUAUUGCUGAAUAUACAUGCCAAUGUUACAUGUCCUACAAAAAACAAACUAAUGUAACAAAUGGAUGGCCAUUUGUUGGACUAUGUGCCAUGCUUGCAAGACAUCUCAGAUUAUAUAAAAAGAUGUUUAUGGUCUAAGUUGAAG